CACACAGGGAUUUAACAAACGGGGGAAAGUGGCGCGUAUAUAGAGGAGAUGGUACCACACUUAUAUAAGAUCCUUGCGUACCCAUCGACCACGAAUUUUGGUGCUUCCAACGGUGGUCUGAACCUCUUCUGAUAUAUUUUUUUUUAUUUUUAAGACCAAAAUGAAGCUAGCUAUAAUCUCUUUGGCCAUCCUAGCUGUAGCUACAGCUUUUCCUCAAAAAGAAGGUGGUGCCUACACAAACGAAGCCAUCAGGCAAGCACAGCAAACCUUUCUGAUUCCCAAGGAUGCGCAAAUUCAAAAGGUGCAAGAAGGAAUAGAAAUUGGUGCCUACGAAAGUAUACCCGGUGACCAAAAAAUUAACCUCUUCGAAAUCUUAGGAGACCAAUUCCCACCAGAGGUAGUCAACAACUUGCAAGGCCAAAUCGACCAAGUUGGCAAAAACUAAACGAUUUUUAGAUAUAAGUUAUCUAUUGUGAUCUUUUGCACCCUCCCUUCUGUAUAUAGUCCUAUCCGCACUCUUUGCACCAACUCCCUUAAUUUGCACCAUUACUUUUAUUGCACCCCUCGCUGUUAUUCUUCUCAAAAAUGUGCCAACUUUCCUUAACUUCUUCCUUGCCAACAUUGUAUCUUUAAUGUUAUAUUUUUUUGUAAAUACACAAUAAAAUAUU